AUGGAUAGGACGCUAAAAUCUUACGGUUUCAUAAGAUAUGAAAGACAACUUGAAGAGGAGGCCACAGCUGAACACAAUUCGACAUACGACUAUAUUGAUGAUGUCUUUGUCAAUAGAGGAUACGAGGAUGAAAGUCUUGUAAAGGACACAUACAAUGCUACUCUGCUAGCUUCAGAAGGCCCACAACCAAAUCUGGAAAAAGAACUACUAAUGUUUCUUUGGUAUAUUGGUAACUUAGAAAGUUUUCGGUCAAUGGCGGACAGAUUUGGAAUAGCAAAGAGCAGCUUCCAUAUUAGUAUUAGAAGAGUUUCGUCGGGACUCCUUGAGAUAAUGCAAGAAGUGAUAACAUGGCCAGAAACCCCAGCCAAAAUGAAUGAAACUUGCCAGCAGUUUGGGGAGAAGUCUGAAUUCCAAAAUAUCUUAGGUGCUAUUGAUGGAAGUCAUAUACCAAUCAAGGCUCCAGUGCAACAACCUCAGGCUUACUUUAACAGAAAAAAGUUUUAUUCCAUAGUUCUUUUAGCAUGCUGUAACUCAAAAAUGGAAUUCACUUAUGUUUGGACUGGGAACCCAGGCAGCACACAUGAUGCUACCGUGUUAAGAUUUUCAGAUUUAUUUCAAAAUAGUAACAAAAUUCCUAAUGGUUAUUGCAUCUUAGGAGACUCUGCUUUUCCUAUAAUGGAGUGGCUAAUAACGCCCUUCCGAGACUGUGGAAACCUGACCCAACAGCAACGACGCUUUAAUUAUGUCCAUAGCAAAUGCAGACAGGUAAUUGAACGAGCAUUUGGAAUGUUAAAAUGCAGAUUUCGAAGGCUUUUGCGCUUUGAUUCAUGCAAUAUGCACAUGCUUGUGAAUUCUGUGCUUGCUGCAUGUGUUUUGCACAAUUUAUGCAUGUUAAAAAGUGAUGUUUUUGAAGUUCCCGAGGUCAAUGAUGCUGAAAUUUGUGAUGAUGCUUUGUUUGCUAGAGAUGGACAGCAAAUUCGGGGUAUACAGCUGAGACAGCAAAUGAUGAACCAGCUGUGA